CUUACUGUUCAUGUGGGCACUCGAGCAUGCAUGACUCCAUGUUCGCCGGUUCGGAUCGCCCGGAACAGCGUCAUCUGUGAUUCGUUCAUCCCCAUCAACCGCGGGCGGAUUGCUCCCCCUCUUUGAAAUACUAUUUACGUCGCGACGCUCCUUUGACCCAUACCGAUGAUGCUCUCUUUCCCUAUAACAUGCCCAGAAAUUAUCACUGAGGGUGAUACCAAAAAAAGGUUUCUGUCAAAAUGAGUUUGCUAAUGAUAAUAAGUCGCGGAGCUUGCCUCAGCCAUUGCUUCCCGACGCACCUUAUGCAUGCCCAAAAGGUCAUUGCAUAGUCUAAUUUUCUAGACAACAAAGAUCAUCUAGCCCAUCACGGCAAAUAUAUUCCCACAGGGUAGACUGGCUUGCCCUCGGCGCGGCAUACGACUGCCGCCGACAUUAAUCAUAACGCCAACCAAACGCAUGGCCAACGACAAAAAAGAUAUAAUACCCGAAGUUUUCGGCUUUACCGAAACAAGUUCCUACAGAAACUUCGGUACAGAAAGAAGAGCCCCGAAGCAGCUCGAUGGAUCAAAAUAAAUAACAUAAACCGGCAUCUCAUUCAGUCAGUCGGCUCACUGAGCAGACAUCUUGAUAGGAGGAGUGCCGAUCUUGUUGUGGUUGCGGAAGAACAGGACACCCUUGCCACUGCCCUCAGCCUCGGCGCUAGGCUCAACCCAUUGGCACAUGCGGCUGCUCUUCCAGAGUGAGGCAAGGAAGCCAAGCGGGCCGCCGGCAGUGUCGCUGCGGACGUGGGUCUCAAUGAUACCAUGGAGCAGGUGGCGGCCGACAAAACCAAACUCGCGAUCGAUCGUGGCGGCGGCACCUCGGACGAAGUUCCACUCCUCGGCGGUGUAGUGAGGAAGCGAGGGGUCAGUGUGCUGAAGGAAUGUAAUGGCAACUGUGGGAUUAGCGGUGAAUGGUUACAACUUACCAAGCCAGUGGUUCACCCAGAGGUAGGGGAUAAAGUACCACACCAGCAUGUUCUGGAAGCCGAAAGUUUGGCAAAGGUACACGAGGCCAGCGAUAGCAAGACCGAUGCCCAGGUCACUGAGAAGCACCUUGCUGGCGUCCUUGUUCUCAUACAGAGGGCUGCUGGGGUUGAAGUGGUUGACACCAGUGAACAAACCGUUCUUCUUGCCCUUGCCACGGCCCUCACGCUGGCGCUCGUGGUAAUUGUGACCGGUCUUGUUGGUGACGAUGUACAGAGGCCAGCCGAUCAGCUGCUGUCCAACCAAGUGGAGAAGGGUGGCGAUGGGUGUCUCUUCGGUCAACUCGGACAGCUCGUGAACCAUACGGCCGAUCCUGUUGGCGUGCUCCUCGCGGGUGCGGGGCACAAAGACCAUGUCACGCUCAAUGUGGCCAGUGGCCUUGUGGUGCUUGCUGUGCGACAUCUGCCAGCUGAAGUAAGGAACGAGCAGGCACGAGUGGAGAAUCCAGCCGACAGUGUUGUUGAUGGUCUUGGAGGGCGAGAAAGCCUGGUGGCCACACUCAUGGGCAAGAACCCAGAGGCCGGUGCCAAAGAGACCCUGGAGCACCGUGUAAAUGGCCCAGAGGCCAGCGCGAGCAGGCUUCGAGGGAAUGUACUCUGGCGUUACGUAGUUGUGGAAAACGUAAAAUGUGGUCGCGAGGAGGACCAUGUCACGGGCAACAUAGCUCAAGCUACGGAUAGCAGAGCGUUCGAAGCAGUGCUUUGGGAUGGCAUCGUGGAUGUCCUUGAUGGUGAAGUCAGGAAUCUCAAAGACUCGUUAGAUUUCUUCUCGACCGCCGCAUCAACCGAAGAAAGUGAAGAGAGAGAGGUUGACGAGGCAGAGUGGCGGGGCGAGUCCAUAGGCGACUGGACAGCGGUUCCCGGAGCUGAGACGUCCGAUUCGACAGUGGUCGAGGUGGUCGUUCGCCUCAUGGGGUUCUUCUCUUGGGCAAUGCCCGAUGUGGUCGAUCUGGUUGAGGGCAUCUUGCAAAAGGAUGCAGGAUUUCCUAGGUAA